AUGUCUAUCUACUAUAAGAUGGUGUUUGGGAUCCUAGUGGCGGAAGUUUCCUUCUUUUCCGUCUUGGCGCUGCCAUUGCCAAGUAAGAUCCGUAAGCCCUUGGUUUCUGUUCUAGUGCGUCCAUUCCUUAACGAUAUAAUUCAAGUGGCCAUUAAAUGUAUGCUAGGGUUUGUCUUACUGUUAUUCGUGGACUCUAUCAAUAGGGUAUACAGUGUAGAACAAGAAUUAGAUGCUAUUAAUCCUGCAGGUGGAUAUUCUUCAAGCAGAAUGGAGGUUCUAUCAAGAAAAUUCUUUGCACAGAGAAACAUGUAUUUGACCGGUAUCACACUGUUUUUGACGUUUGUGGUGGUUCGUACUUUCAAUUUAGUGCGUGAACUAUUAGAACUUAAGGAUCAUUACCACUUGGCUUCACCCGAUUAUGACACUUCUGCAGAAGAAAAACGUAAUGUGGAACUUAAGAAGGAAUUGCAAUCAAAGAUUGCUGAGCGUGACGCAGAAAUCGAGAGAUUGAAGGAAAAAGCUAAAGCUUUGCAAAAGGAAAUUUAG